UUUGAGAAAUCUUAGUAAUCACAGCACCCUUUUCUAAAUGCUCACAUACCAACUUGAAUUAUCUUUUCUAGGAGCUUCCGUGGUAUCGAUGUCAAGCUCACCAGUCGGUAGUUACCUGAGCCUUCCUUUCCCUCCUUUCUGAAGACGGGGACAACAUUUGCCCACCUCCAGUCUGUAGGGACAUCACCUGUUGGAUGACUGGGAGAGUGGUGACGGCAGCUACUGCACAGUAAGAUCCAGUUGGCAGCACUGCAGGGUUGUUGUGCAGGAGAUGGGCAAAAAAAGGGGUGUGAGGAGCUCUCCUAAGUCUCCUCUCCAACUUCUCCACAAUGCAUAGAACCACUAAAACCCAUAUUAUGUAACGUUCUCAACUGGCUACACAGUACUACCUGAGUCUGAAGGGGGAAAUUAUUAUUUAUUCAAUUAAUAUACAGCCCUUUAUCAAAUGAUCCCAGGGCAGUGUGCAACAUUAAAAACACAUCAAUGAUAAAGCAAAGUAAAAAGCAUACUGACAGAUAAUAAUAAAUCAAUACGAUAAAAAUGAAUACCCGCUCCUUGUGUUUCAGUGCUCACUGAAUCCAGAAGGAACACAGAAGCACUGACCAUGUCCUCUUUCCAUCAAGGCAACGUCACCACUGCCAUGUUCAUUUUAGUCGGCUUCCCAGGCAUGGAAGCAUCUCACUUCUGGCUGGCUUUCCCCCUAUGCUUCCUCUUUCUGCUGGCCAUUCUGGGCAACUGCACCAUCAUCUACAUCAUCCGCGCAGAGCGGAGCCUCCACGAGCCCAUGUACCUCUUCCUUUGCAUGUUGGCAGCCAUCGACAUCAUGAUCACCCUGUCCACCGUGCCCAAGAUGUUGGCCAUAUUCUGGUUCAGAUCCACCAGCAUCGCCUUUGAUGCUUGCUUGGUCCAGAUGUUCUGCAUCCACAGCCUCUCUGGAAUGGAAUCCACCAUCUUGCUAGCUAUGGCUUUCGACCGCUACAUCGCCAUAUGCUACCCACUGAACCACUCCUCUAUCCUCACCACGCCCAGGAUAGCUAAAAUAGGACUGGUGGCUGUAUUUCGUGGAGCAGCCCUGAUGGCCCCUUUGCCCGUUUUCAUUAAGAGGCUGCCCUUCUGCAAGUCCAACGUUCUCUCCCAUUCCUACUGCCUGCAUCAGGAUGUCAUGAAGCUAGCCUGCGCCAGCAUCAAGGUUAACAUCAUCUAUGGACUCGUGGUCAUCAUUUUCGCCAUUGGGCUGGAUUCCCUGCUCAUCUCCUUGUCUUACUACUUCAUCCUGAAAGCUGCCCUGAGUUUGAGCCAAGAGGCACGUGUCAAGGCCCUCGGGACGUGCCUCUCCCACAUAUGUGCUGUCUUUCUUUUCUACGUGCCCUUCAUUGGCUUGUCCAUGGUUCACAGGUUUGGUAAGACGCACGGCUCCAACAUCCAUACCGUGAUGGCCAAUGUCCACCUUCUGGUGCCUCCAGUGCUGAACCCAAUCGUCUAUGGGGUGAAGACGAAACAGAUACGUCACCGAAUAGGGCGGGCAUUUUGCAGAACUAGGUGCUGAUAAGAAUUUACUGCAAUUAACUUUUUUAAAAAAUAAAUCAUUCAUUUAUCAGUUCCAACAUCAUGAAGCAUAUGGUGAUCCCUCUGCAGGGUGUGGGAUGUCUCUCCAAUGAAUCGUUGGGUACAAGCUCCCAUCUCCUGCUCCCUUUAUUUUUCUUCAUGGAUAUUUUCCUCCUCAAUACUAGAAGCAUGGAUGCGUCAAGAAGACCCCUUGCUAUGGUGAUUUUGAGCACUACAGAUGACAGUCCUGGUUCUGCUCCAUUUCACCCCCAAGUGGUUGUGAAGAUCCUUCUGAAGAUUCCACACUUUGAACUUCCAUAACCACCCAGAUCUAAUAUAGAGAACCACCCUUCUCUAUAUAUGGGUUCAUUCCUGGCCCAUUUGAAAGAACCAGUACAGUUUUCUCUUAGUGGCCAUCUGUCAGGGAUUCUUCAGCUGUGAUUCCCGCAUAGCAGGGGGUUGAACUAGAUGGCCUUUGGGUGAACUUCCAACUCCACAAUUCUAUGAUUCUGUGACAAGGAGGUUUGGAGUGAAAUGCCAUCAGCAGAUGUUUGACAACCUGCUCUUUCUCUC